ACUGCCUUUUCCAGCUCUCUGGUGCCUGUUUUAAUGGCGUGAAAAGUUUAAAGGUGCCACAAGACUCUUUUUGCUGCGAAAUUUGGUGACACUUGUCAUGCGACUGCAAGGGCCGCCUUAACUUGCCCCUGCUUUAAUUAGCCAUGCUAAUGAAAAUCUGUUAAUUUUCACACUGCAGGUGUUUUGCUAAGGAAAUGUGAGAAUUCAAGAAAAUGGAAUACAACUAGAAGGAAUAAUACGGUAUCCUCUGUGUGAUACAUGCGUGGUGCUAACAAUGAUUAGAAGCCAGCCGAGAAAGUCAGAAAUGGCGAUCACGGGAUGCUGUGAUGGUCAUAAAUGUGAACCGUUGCCAAGCACCCGAAUUGGGAUCGUGUGACUGUAGGGACGUUGCAACAGUUGUAAGUGCAAAGACCAGUCGUAAGUUGAUUUUUCCAGCCCUGUUGUAAGUCUGAACCAUCACUAAAUGAAUGGUUGUUAAACAAGGACUACCUGUACUAGUUCAGGUAUCCUAAUGUAUCAUAAAAGCAGUAAAGAACGACAGGCCAGCAAUAAAACUCUUUGAACCAAGGGGCAAUAAAACCAUCAUUAAAAAAUGAGGCAUAAAAAAUUCCGCUCUGAAAGUGCCCAAAAUCUCCCCGAGGAAGACGGUAUUGCGCUGUGGCAGGUGGCCAAAGCCAGAGGCCAGGUUCCCUUUCUCCAGGAGGGCAUUUCAGAGCAUAGGAAUGCUGCUGAGACGGGAGGAGCCAUUGCCCUUGUGCGCUUCUUAAAACAGUCUGGGGUUUCUUUUCAUUUCUAGGGAUGAUACGAACGGGUGAGGCACUUCCAGCCAUGAGAGAGAGGGUCCCUGUGUUCGAAGGCCAUGGGAAGCUGUGGAGAUCCUUUGCUCGCAGGGCGUAACCGGCUGACCGCCGCCAUGCUGAACAAACCAGUCCUUGUGGAAUCGCUGGCCGUGUUUGCCAUUGUGCUCUGCGUGCACAGCGUGGUCUGGGACCGGUUCUCGUGGUCCGCUCUUGUCCUCGCCAUCCAAGCCUUUUACAUCCAGUUUAAGUGGGACCACCUCCUUCGCCUGGGCGGGGCGGUCUUCCGGUUCCGGACCACGGCCAACAGCGGCCUCCUCCCCUCCUGCAUGGUUAUCCCGCUGCUGGGCAUUGUGAUGAAGGAAAAGUGCCGAGAGGCCGGCAUUGUGUAUUUUGAGCGCCUGGGCAUCAUCGUGGCCUCCACGGGCAUGGUCAUCGCCCUCUUCCUCUCAGUGGUCGCCUUGGGCCUCACCAAACCGGUGCCAACCAACACCUGUGUGCUCUCCGGGGUCGCUGGCACGCUGGUCGUCUACACCAUGAAGCAUUCCUUGACCGUCUCCGAAGUGAUCGAAGUGCUGGAGGUGUUGCUCAUUUUUGUCUAUCUCAGCAUGAUCUUGUUGUACCUCUUACCCCGGUGUUUCACCCCUGGGGAGGCCCUGCUGAUCCUCGCCGGCCUCAGCUUCAUCCUCAACCAGCUCAUCAAGCGCUCGCUGAACGCCAGCGAGAACCGAGGGAGUCCCGUGGACUUCUUUCUCCUGGUCGUGGUGGUGGGAGUGGUCCUCCUGGGCCUCUCCUUCACAGUUCUGUUCUUCUUCAUGGAUCCCGGAACCUGGAUCUCCUCCGUGUUUUUCCACGUGAUGACCGCCGUCCUGAGCCUCGGCGUCAUCAUGCCUUGGCUCUACCGUAUGAUCCGGAGGAAUCCCGCGAUGUGGCUCUUCCAGUUCCUCUCCCAGACCCAGACCCGAGUCCGCCUCCUCGCCUACUGGACGCUCCUGGCCACGUUGGCGUGCGCUGUGGUUGUCUAUCAAAACAUCAAGCGGUCCUCGGGUUCUAAAAAACACCAGGCUUCCACCAUCACCCGGAAAUACUUCCAUUUCAUCGUGGUGGCCACCUACGUCCCAGGGCUGAUCUACGACCGUCAGCUAUUGCACGUGGCCGCCGUCAUCUGCCUGGCCGUCUUUGUUCUUCUUGAGUACAUCCGCUACUUCACCAUCAAGCCCUUCGGACACAUGCUCAGGCACUCGCUCUCCCUGUUCUUGGACGAGCGAGACAGCGGGCCGCUGAUCUUGACUCACAUCUACCUUCUCCUUGGGAUGUCCUUCCCGGUGUGGCUGUUGCCAAGGCCGUGCGCCCCCAAAGGUACGUUGACUGGGGCAGGAGCCUUGGCCCCCUACUCUGGGGUUCUGGCUGUGGGCAUUGGGGACUCGGUGGCCUCUAUCUUUGGGACCACGCUGGGGGAAGUCAAAUGGCCAGGAACCAAGAAGACCUUCGAAGGAACAAUGUCAGCCAUAUUUGCAGAAAUCAUUGCGGUGGCCCUGAUUGUGAUCUUUGACGGCACUGUGGAUCUCAACGCCAGCUACCCCUGGAUCUUGGUCUCUAUUACCCUGGUGUCAUUUUUGGAAGCCUGCACCACCCAGGUGGACAAUUUGCUCCUGCCUCUCUACCUCCAGAUACUGCUGAUGAUUUAGGGACCAUUUGGGGAGAAUAUUUCUCCUCUGGAGGUUGGUCAGAUACAUCCGUGCUGUGUUUCAUUUGUGUCUUUGGCUCAGGGUGGCAAAAAGCGAUCGCGCGGCGUGUCCCUGUGAACGACUGCAUGUUGAUUAUGUAGGACUGAAAUAUAAUGUGGCUGUUC